GAACUGAGUUUAUUAUUUUAAACAAGCCAAAUUGAAAGACUGGACCACAAAAGUGAUUGUAGAAAAACUAAAACCGAUAUCUGUAUUUUCAAUAUAAAAUGAGCAAAGGCGAUACUGAUCCAGUUGCGCCGGUAACUCGUAAAGGAUUUUUGAUAUCCAUUAAAACUGGCGAACCAACAGAAAUUAGAGAGCGUGAUGUGCAUGGCCGGUGUCGGGCUGUUACUGAGUUUGAGAAACUUAAUCGGAUUGGUGAGGGUACAUAUGGAAUUGUGUAUCGUGCAAGAGAUACCCGCACUAAUGAGAUAGUGGCUUUGAAAAAAGUUCGAAUGGAUCAAGAAAAGGAUGGACUACCCGUCAGUGGAUUGCGAGAAAUAACAAUUUUGAAAAAAUGCAAACAUGAAAAUAUAGUCAACUUACGAGAUGUUGUCGUUGGAAAAAGUUUAGAAAGCAUAUUUUUGGUGAUGGAAUAUUGCGAACAAGACUUAGCAUCGUUAUUAGAUAACAUGGCACAACCAUUCUCUGAAUCUGAAGUCAAGUGUAUUGUCCUACAAGUUCUACAGGGACUGAAAUACAUGCACUCUCGUUAUAUUAUACAUAGAGAUUUAAAAGUUUCAAAUUUAUUGAUGACCGACAAAGGAUGUGUAAAAAUUGCCGAUUUUGGAUUAGCACGCCUUUUUGGAUUACCCUCGGGACCUAUGACACCGCAAGUAGUUACAUUGUGGUAUCGAUCGCCUGAGUUACUGCUGGGAUCACCCACUCAAACAACUGCUGUCGAUAUGUGGGCCGUCGGUUGCAUUUUAGGUGAACUUCUAUCACACAAACCAUUGUUACCAGGAAAUACCGAAAUUGCUCAAUUGGAACUUAUAAUUGACUUAUUGGGUACUCCAUCUGAAGCUAUAUGGCCAGAUUAUCCCAAAAUGCCGGCUAUCCAAAAUUUUACGCUUAAGAAACAGCCGUACAACAACUUAAAACCUAAAUUUCAGUAUUUAUCGGCUGCUGGAUUAAGGCUAUUAAAUUUCCUAUUUAUGUAUGACCCUAAGAAGAGAGCGACGCCUGAGGAGUGUCUUCACAGCACAUAUUUCAAAGAACCACCAUUACCUUGUGACCCCAAAUUAAUGCCUACAUUCCCUCAACAUCGAAAUAUGCAACACAAUUCUACGAAAUCUGCACCAAGUGGAGCCCAUCACAGUGGACCUGUACCGGAAUUGCCUGCUAUUUCUGACUUAUUGGGAAGCCUACUUAAAAAAAGAAGAGUAGACUAACAGAAUUUUUCUCACGAAUUUUUGUAUCAAAAAUGUAUUGCAUGAAAAAAUUAACAUAAUAAAAUGCAUUUAUAAAACUAGAAA